AUCAUCUGUCAAAAAUAAUUCACCAAAAAAUAAAGUUCGAAGAAGCAGCACGAAAAAAACAUCCAGCUUUCCCAAAAUUUUCUCUGCGUGAAUUGCAAAACACCUUUGUAAAGAAAUCUUCGAAAUUCAUAUUUCAGUCGAUAGACAAUAAAACAAAAUUAAAUUUCCUUCCGGUCAAACCAAAAUUUCAGAAAACCACAAAAGCAAAUCCACUUAAAAUAGCUUUUCCAAAAAACACAUCAUCAAUCAAAAUAUAAAAUUCAAUCCAUCAGAAAACAGCCAAAAGCCAGCAGCAGACAAGCUUCUUCUGUGCCUCUUGUGUCUGCCUAUGCCUCUGCCUCGAGAAAAUUGAAGAAGAAAAGAAGAAAAAAAAGGAAACAACAUUAUUGAAAAUUCUCAUGGAAAACUCUCGCAAUUAACUCAAAGUCUUCGUUGUCGUCGUCAAAUUUUCAUUCGUUUGGAAGACAAAAGACAAAGGUACUCGCAGUCGCAGUCGGGGAGCCCUCAACAACAUAAAUUCGCGUUGAAAUUUUCUUUGUUUGUUGGUUUUGUGCUUCGAGAAAAUUGCUCCUAGACUCAGUUCGUUGUAUGUAAUCAUUGGACAGCUUUCGCGGAAAAGGAAAUCAAGUGCGGCCGCCGUCGACGACGCUGCCAGUGCUCGAAAGCGAACAUCAGCUCGUCGCUCAAGUGCCUGUGUCCCAGCGGAAGAAGUUAUUGCAACCUCCUCCCCGUUGAGUGGAACGUCCCUUCAAGCGACGAUGGCUGUUAAGCAGAACAACACCGAAGGUAAUGGAACCCCGGGAGCAUCUGGAACAGGCAAAUCGACAUCCCAAUCUUCAUCCUCUGCGACAACACAAAAAGGCAUGAAUCCCGGCAGCAGCAGCAGCAACUCCACCACUGGUUGCAGCAGUGCCCCAAACUCGAAUAACUCCGGCUCUGGGAAGGUCUCCAAUGAGACCCCAGACCUCUCCAGCAUCCUCGAGAUAAUCAGCAUCAUUACUGCGGAGCAGAGUAGAGGUAACUGCAACUACGACAUUUCCCGCUUGAAUGGAGAACUCAUCAGAGCUUUGGCCCGCGUGCCAAAUCCCAAAUCCAAAGAAGAUCUGAAACGAUUCAAAGAGGACAUCGUGAAGAUCGGCGAGUUCUUUGCCAAAGUCAACGAGGAGCACCAGCCCAGCAGGACGCACCACUAUUUGCACAUUGUCUACAAACUAAUCACCGCCGAGGAGCCACCAUCGUGCGCCAUUGCCAUUGUGUUCCAGCUCUUCACCAAGGACAUGGUGCACGAGGCAGUGCAGACCCUGCUCUCCAAUAACUUGCCCGACAGCACCAUCCGCAAGACUGUGAAGCUCCUGUACGAGUGGAAGAUGAUGAACUUCUGUCAGAAUUUGAAUCUCUGGAUUCUGGCCAUUUGGAGUGGACUGAAAGAUCAGGGCAAGUUCGAUUUGCUCAAUGAAAUCGCCCUCGAGAAUAUCGAGAAGAUCUUCCCCACACUGAUGAUCCCGGUUCUGCGGCCCAUGAUGAUGCACAUUGUGUUCCCCAUUUUGGAACCCACUAAAAAUAAACCAGAUGUUUUUCAUAAGGUCGUCCUAUGGAUUCCCAGAGUUGUCAAUGAGCUUAAGAAGCAAGCAGCUCAAGAAAAAUACUCCGAUGACACUCGAAAGUGUUUACAAAUGCUUGUCGAUCUGACUUCGGCAUUGAUGGCCACUUUCCCAGGAUAUGAUGAGCUCUAUAAGCCAGUGGUCGAAGCUUUGUCCGAAUUUAGUCCAUCUUUUGAUUAUGUAAACGCUCAUAGAGCCAACAGUCGUCUAUUCGAGAAUAACCGCUCAAUGAUGAAUUCAAAUGCAAAGGUGGGCCUAGUGAAUCUUGGCAAUACAUGCUACAUGAACAGUGUCCUCCAAGCUCUAGCUAUGACCAAAGAAUUUAGUCGCGGUAUCUUGCUCUCAGGGAGUAAAUCACCAUUGCUGAUUAAGAUUCAAGAACUCAUUGCAUUGAUGCUGCACUCGACUCGAUUUGAAUUGACUCCAUCGAGAGUUUUGGAUGCUACACGUCCACCAGGAUUCACUCACGGUCUGCAGCAAGAUAGCUCAGAGUUCCUUGGUUAUUUGUUGGACACAUUGCAUGAACAGGAACUGGCACACAGAUCACCGUCAACAAUUACAUCAAAAAUCGAUACUAAAAUCACCACAGAUCAGGACGAUCAGGAUGUAGUUCAAGCUGAAGAUGAAGCCGCAUCAUCCACACCACAGCAGACUAAACAGCAGCAGCAACAAACGUCGACAACAAUCGAAAAAACAUUUAUGGGUAAAUUGGCAACAACCUACAAAUGUUUGACCUGCAGCUGGCAGAGCACCAACAUUGACAGCUUCCGUGACUUGCAGCUAUCAUUUCCAGAGGUCAAAAACGAUUGUGCAUCAAAUUACACCGUCCAAGAUCUGAUAGAUUAUUAUUGCUCCUCGGAGAAGCUGCACGGAGACAAUCAGUACUUUUGUGAACGCUGCAAAAAACUCUCCGACGCCGAACGCUUCAUAAACGUCAUAAGUGCACCAAAGAAUCUAAUUCUCACUCUCAAGCACUUCAAAUACGAUCAAAGCAAUCACAUGCGAGCCAAAUUAAUGCACAAGGUCUUCCACAAUGAGAAUGUCUCGGUGAAAGUGUGCUCAGCCGAAACCCUAGCCGAGAUCGCCUCGGUGCAUUAUGAUCUCUACGCUGGUGUCGUUCAUUCCGGAUGCAGCAUGGAUUCGGGACAUUAUUACACCUAUGCCUCGGAUGGCAAUAACAAAUGGUAUAAGUUCAAUGACGACGUCGUCAAUCAGUGCAAAAUAGCCGAGCUAAACAAUCUAACACCCCCCAAUACGCCCUACAUUCUGUUCUAUCAGAUGGGUGGGCGUGAGUCACCCACUGCUUCGAGUACCAUGAUCAAAAUUGAGUCGCCUCCGUCGCUCAAACUCGAGGAACUCUCACCAGAGCUGCGCGACUAUGUGGACCGAGAUAAUUUCAUGUUUGGCAAGGAACUCAAGAAUCGACGAGCUAAAUUAGCUCAGAGUCAGACAUCGGCGUUGUUUAGCAAUCGGAUCCACAGGCGAGGCGAUGGCCCAGAUGACGAUGAAGACGAACAGCCACCUCCCUCUAGUGGCUGUGGUGAUAAUGCGUUGAAUAUCAAUGUGAAUCGAUUUGUCUUCUAAACAAACAAAAAAAAAACAAAAAACGGACAUUUGAUGAGCCGAACAGUAGUUGUUUUGCGUUUUGCGUUUACGUUUUGCGUGUGCAUAUUUUUUAGUGUUGCCGUGAUCCUUGCUCCUUAAAAAAACCCACCACCCAACACCACCAACCAAAAACAUCUUCCUUUACACUCUACACCCUUCAGACCCAGACCGACCCACCACUUUGUGUUUUAUAACAUUUUAAAAAACUAAAAACCUUCUAGACUUUUUGAGGCCCGAGCAAACAAAAAUCUAUGUAAAUAAGACUAAGGUGGAAAAUUAUGUAACAAAAGGGAAAAUACAGGAAUUUUAAUCUUCUUCUUUUUCCUGAUUGGUUUUUUUCUUUCGAUCUUCUUCUAUUUCAAAAUUCUAAUUCUUUUUUGUUUUCAAAUUUGGGUUGGGAUUUAAGAAUCGACUGACGAAUGACGAAGCAACACAAACAUAAUUCGAAUCAGAAAAGCAGAUUUCAAAAGAAAAAAAAAACUAAAGAAAAGAAAAGAAAAUAUUUUUAGUAAAAUAUAAAAAUUUAAAUAAAAAUCCAUAAAACAUCACAAAUAAAAACUGUAAAACAGUGACCAACUAGUGAUGGCAUGAGAUAUAAAACAUUUAAGCAUCUUAAUGUUAAAAUGGGAUUUUCCGCCAAAAAAGAAUAAAAUAAAACCAUAAACAUAAACAAAACAAAAACCCUUUUCUACUACUCAAUAAUUAUGAUAAAAUGUAAAACGACUUUUUAUUAGAGAAUUUCAAAACAAA